CGUCUAUUAAACAAUGCUAUUAUCGUAAUCAAGACCCCAGUUCUUCCAGCUGUAGCAUUUUGUGAAUCAUAACAUCCCAAGUUCUUUCAUACUCUUAUACUAUUCUGUAUUUAGAUCCCUCAUCCAAAUGGGUCCCACAUCUAUAAACCGAAAUCAACAACAACCGUCCAUCUCUUCCAAUCUCACGUCUCCUUCCUCCUAUUGCAAAACACCCAUGUACUUUUACCCAUAUAAAAUAAACUUAUCAUACAUCAUAAAAAAUCAUCCAAACCUUCUGCAACUAAUUAUAUUAUAUUAAUAUAGUUUCUGGAGGAUUCUUCGAAACUAACAUCAGCAUGUGUCGUGGGUGAUGAACUGCCUCCUAAUUUUAUCAUCCAUCCUUUUCAUCCAGGCUUUCGUCUUUUCUUGAUUCAAGGUGAAGAACUUACCCUUUUUGGAGUGUUGAGUAAAAUUUUGAUCUGGGUUUGGAAGUAUGGGUGGCAAUGGAGCAAAAAGUAGUGAUUUUUAUGAAGUUUUGGGGUUGAAGAAGGAAUGCACUGAAACAGAGCUCAAGAAUGCUUACAAGAAGCUUGCUCUGAAAUGGCAUCCUGAUCGGUGCUCGGCGGCCGGAAACACCAGAUACGUGGAGGAGGCGAAGAAGAAGUUUCAGGCGAUACAAGAAGCUUAUUCUGUACUCUCCGAUGUGGAUAAAAGAUUUAUGUACGACGUAGGAGUUUACGAUAGCGACGAUGACGAAAAUGGUAUGGCUGAUUUUAUGAGGGAAAUGGCUGUGAUGAUGAGUCAAAAUAAACCCAAUGAAAAUGGAGAGAGUUUUGAAGAACUAAAGGAUUUGUUUGAUGAGAUGUUUGAAAGCGACAUCGAAUCAUUUGAUUCGACUUCACAUUCAUCUUCUUUAUUUUCUAGUUGUGGUGAAAGUUCGAGCUCUAGUUCCUCAAACAAACGAGGUUCAUCGGCUAUGUCAAACAUAAAAAAUGAUGACCCUUCGUUUUUUGAUGCUCACAUCCAAGGAUUUUCUGUAGGGACGGGUAGAAGAUAUGAUGAGAGGAGCAGCAGCAGGAGAAAAGGAAGGCAUGAUUAAUGCUUUCACCCAAAAUAAGAUUUCUUGUGAAAUUAGGUUCUCUUAAUCACUUCAGAAUCCUUUGAUUGUCAUCAAAAUAGUUCUGGUUGUUUUUAUGUAGUUAUGUUUUCUUGUAUCAAAAUCAAGUGGCUUUAAAUGUAUUGUUUUCUUUUAUGCAAAAGUGGGAUUUUUCUUGAUUAAUUUCAAUUCUGUGUUUGAGCGUGACCACAUGCGCAUACGUACA